UCAGGGGAUGUUAUGGGGUGAAAAUUUUACAAUUUUAGUUACAUGCGUGGACAAAAUGAAUCUUCAAACUUCACGUAAUAUUCAAGGCAGUGGCAGAAAUUCGACAACAAUUCAACAUAAAGUUAAAUACCACAAUCUUUUUAAAAUUAUUAAUUCAGACAACUAA